GGCAGUUUGAACUGAGAGAGUGCGCACCGGCGCUUGGGCUUUUAUCAAUGAGCUGCGCAAGUUCUAAACAUAAAUAUUUUACAUUCUAUUUUUAUCCUGGAUUAUAUGCUGCUUAUCUGGAUACAGUGGACCACAAUCUAGGCAGAAAUAGGGGCGUACCAGUUCUGCUUGGGGAGAUCGAAACUUGUUUAUUUACAAAUGCGUAUGCUAUAUGCUGAAGAAGAUGCCCCACAAUAUCCUGCAAGAAAAUGUCGCAUGUAUACAAUGUCGUUCACGUGAUGUAAUAGAAAUGCCUGUUCGGUCAAUAAGUUCUAUUUGCAUUAUCCACGUAUGACGCACUAAAUAUUUGCUGAAAGCGGACCCUUGCUCCUUAGAAGCACUAUGCCAGCCCCACCCUAUUACGAUUGCUCUUCGUUUGGUCGUCGUGUGCUCCUCACCGGGCACACCGAUGCACCGCCCAUGUCUCGGCACUAACCAUGCAUACCACAAAUGCAAGCCAAGAAAUUCUGGGUAAUCGAAUAUGUUCCUCAUUUUUCGACCUAAAAAUCACCUGUUGGAGAAGUUUUCUGAGUAUAAUGCAUAAAGGAUUAAAUAGUACUGGAAACAGGAAAGCGACAAAUCUCUGACUUUUAUACCACAAAAUACAAAUGCUUUCCAUUCUGCGUCAAAGGUAGCGUGGUUUUAAUUGGGAUUGCAACACCCCAUAACCUGCGACCUGGGGUCAGUACGUAGGCGUUAUUGAGCCCAACAGCUGUCAUAAAAUUUAAUAAUGCAAAUGUAAUUAAGAGACCGGCCUCCCGUGUUCAUUCCGUCGGUCUGCUCUGCUGCCGCACCUUAAACCAUGAAAUUGAUGACGCACCGAGACUGCUCCUUGUAAAGGCGCACAAUAUGCAUUCAAGUACUUUAAGCAUUUAUUUAAAAGUUAACUAUUUUAUAAGGCAUAUCUAAAAAAGUUUUUUAAAUAUUUAAGAGCAUUACUACCACACGUCACUUUACGAUGCAAAGUCAUUAUUUACAAAUGAUUACAUUUAUUCAGCUCCAAUACAAUAUACAAUUACAAUAUAAUUCAGCUCCAUGAAAUGGAGCCGCUGGCGAAAGGAUAUGACUUUCUACAGACUGCCUUUAGUAAAUGCCGGUGGUCUCUUACCUUUAAGUCUGAUCGCUACACGCAGCUGUGACACGCACUUUGUAACAUCGGCUUGGUUAGUUUUACUCGAGUUUUAAGAAUCCAUUAAACAGGCUCUCCAAAAAGCAUUUCAUCUGCAGAGUGCAACUAGUUGACAAACAUAACUGGGCCGGCCGGAUUAAAUGUACGCGAAACUACAAAGAAACGCUGGGUUCCACUCAGUUGAGCAACCCCAUUCAUACCGAACUCUGGGAGGAAGCGAACAAAAGCUUCCGGUGAAAAAGUGAAAAAUAGAGGUGAAGUUAUCAUUGAUUCAUUGGUCAGUGUUCCGAGCUCGUUUCCAUGGUAACUUUGGGGUUCAGGAACAUGAGCGAAUUAGUAUGCAUCAGCGCGUAGGUCCCCCAGUGCUUAUCAGUUGUUAGAUAGCCGUCCAUGUCGGCAGCCAAAUUCGGCUUUCGGUGAAAAGUAAAGAAAAAUAAAUAAAAUAUAUAUAAAGAUCAAACUGCGAAGCAGGAUUCGCUCCCAAACUCUGCUGCUAUGCAAUAAUUUCUAUGUGACGAUGUCGUUUAACAUGCUAGUAAAUCAUAAUUCUGCGUGUUCAUCCAAAAUGAAUAUUUAUUUGGCUUGGUUCCUGAUCUUCAACAUUAUAAUGUUCCUCGCGCUGUCUGUAUCUCUGCCAGUAUUGAGCAGCAGCUCAGGCUGCAGUACUAUUACCACUUGUGAUCCAUUUCUGCCUGUCUGCGCAUCGUCGACAAAUGAGCACCAAUUCUUCUACAGCAAUUGUGAAAUGUUGCGGGAUGCCUGCCUUACGGGAAAGGAUUGGAAACCGGAUUACUUCAAUCACUGCAAUGUCAGCAAACUUUAGUCGUUUGUAAAAGCUGGACUCUUAAUUCAAACAACUGGAUUUGUGUAUACAUACAUUUAUAAUAAAGAGGCUUUUAAGUCUUACGUGAAUUCUAA